AUGUCAGAAUAUGGAGCAGUCCCAUUUGCACUCAUGAUUGUCAUCGUGAUUUACAUUGUCAUUGGAGAAUACUUUAAAUCGAUUCACUUCCAUUUAAUCCAUGAAACAAGUUUUGGCAUAAUAAUAGGAAUGCUUGUAGGUCUAUUAUUGAAAUGGAUGGAUGAAAAUGCAUAUGCCUAAUUUUUUUCAUUGAAUGCAACAAUCUUCUUUUACUUACUUCUACCAUUAAUUAUUUUUUCAGGAGGGUACAAUCUGAAAAAGAAGCAGUUUCUGAAAAAUUUUAAAUAUAUUGUUUCUUUUGGGUUUCUGAGUACAUUGAUUAACUUUAUAAUUACAUUGACUCUGACAAUAGCAUUCAAUUCGUGGAGUAAGAAUUUGCGAAUUAUUAAUAUAGAAUUGGUCAGAUUGGGUACAAAUUUAGAUUCUCAUCUUUCUUUGAGCUAUGAUGAGAUGAUCAAAUAUAGUGCUACGAUAUGCGCAACAGAUUCAGUGGCAGCCCUCAAUUUGAUACCUUCUCAAUAAUAUCCUAAAUUAUUCAGCGUUGUUUUUGGAGAAGGCAUGGUUAAUGAUGCUGUUUCUAUUAUUAUUUUUUAAGCAGUCACAAUUUUAUAGAAAAGCGGAAAAUCAUUUGAAUGGUACACUCCUUUCGAAUUUAUUGGUCGUUUCUUGGAAAAUUGUAUAAUAUCUUUAUUGAUUGGCCUUUUUGUUGGUUUAUUUUCUACUUGGUGUUUUAAGAAGUGUAGAUUUUUGACAAACAGCACUACUACUGAAACAGUAUUUGCAUUCUUAAUGGCUUAUAUGGGUUAUUCAAUUUGUGAGAUGCUCAAUUUAAGCGGAGUGAUAAGUCUUUUGAUGAUAGGAAUCAUGAUGAGCCAUUAUUAAGGAUACAAUAUUAGUUAGUUGGGAAGAGUUACUACAAGAGUUACUUUUGAAUCCUUGUCGUUAGGGGCAGAGGCAUUUCUUUAUGUUUUUUUGGGAUUUGCCAUGUGGAAUCAGACUACAUAUUAUAGUCCACUCACCUAAGAUCUUUAUUACGUUGAAGUUUCCUGGGUUUUUACAUUAUUAUAAUUGGGUGUUGUAAUCGUUGCAAGAUAUUUAAGCAUAUAUAUUGUGUACUGGAUUUUCAUAGCUAUUAAGGGGCCAAAAGUAUGGAAGUUAACCAAAUAUGAAAUGAGUAUUUGUUGUUUUGCUGGUAUGGUUAGAGGAAGUGUAGCCUUCGCUUUAAUCGAAACUCUUGUCGCCUCCCCUACCGAUGGUAUAUAGAUUAACUAAAUUAAUAUACUUUAAAGUUGUGUUCUCUAUAUUGUUGUUGUCACCACAUUGAUUUUUGGCACAGCUAUGCCUUUCUUCAUUAAUAUUUAGAUUAAUAAGCAAUUAGAGGAAGAAGAGCGUAAAUCAAUUAGUGAAAUUCCUACUCCUGUUCUUAAUGAUACUCCAAAAUAGAAGGAAUUAAGUGAAGCUCAAAAGAUUAUCAAAUAUAUGGAUGAGCAUUACUUUAAAAGGUGGUUCAUAUACGAUUAUGAAAAUCGUAAAGAAAGAAUUACUUAAGAAAAAAAAUAAAUUAAAACUGAAACUUUAUAAGAAAUAUAUGAGAAGGCAUUCAGCGAAGCAAGUGAAGAUGAGUCAGUCAAGUAAAGAAAUGAAGAUUUCAUUUCUUUACCCUCUAUUGAAGAGAAACCUACAUCUCCAUUAAUUGUAAAAAUGCAAGAAUUAUCUUAACAAAUUUGA